GAAUGUUACAAUCCGGCAGGACCGGACUCGGAUAAAUUGAUUGUGGUGGUCGCUUUGGGGAUGAUACCUGCGUUUUUUCAUUGCAUUUUUUUUUUUGCCACAAUAAGCUGAGAAGCCAUAGUCGUUGAAGUCUUCAUCUAGCGUUACAAUGUCAGAAGUAGAAUUUUCCACAAGGGCAUAUUGCAAAGUCAUCCUUCAUGCAGCAAAAUAUCCUCAUGAAGCUGUCAAUGGGAUUUUGGUGUCAAAAGUAAAAGAUCUGGAAGGUUCAAAUGAUGUUGUCUUCGUUGAUGCCAUACCACUGUUUCACAUGGCAUUGGGCUUGACACCAAUGACUGAAGUAGCACUGGAACAGAUUGAGAGCUACUGCAGUUCAAAUGGCUUGAAGAUAACUGGAUAUUAUCAGGCCAAUGAGCACUACAAGAACACCAACCCCAACUUUGUAGCCAACAGAAUAUGUGAGAAGAUCUCAGAAAGGUUUGGCCAAGUUCAUUUAGCAAUGGUGGACAACCGUCGGCUGAGCCUCGACAUGGCGUCAUCGGCAAUCAUCAUGAAGAACAGGGACAAGGCCAGCGUGGCGCUGGAGUCGGACAGCACUUGUGUGGCCGCCUCGUGCCUGCUCCAGAACCGAGCCUACCGCCUGCUGGUCGACUUUGACAACCACCUGGACAACGUGUCGGCCGACUGGCGCAACCCGGAGCUCAACCACGAGAUCGACGCCGUCCUGUAGCGUGUGAACGGCUAUAACGCGCCGAUAACAGCUAACGGCAGACGUGUCUGCGAAGACCACAGCGGCGGUAACCAUGGCAACCGUUGUCAUGAUGACAAGCAGUGAGUCUGUACACGGAAAGUGACCUCUUAACGGAGCUGUGGGGGCAGAGAGAUGUCGACAUCUCGAUGUGUUCUAGAGGCUAUGAACUGUCUCCGAUAUCCAUGAGGGGAUGAGUGAAACUACAGAACACGUGUUGUCAUACUAUUUCGCUUAGGACGGAUAUGUUACCAUUGACCAUGUUAGAAUGGGGCGUGCAUUUUGCGCAGGUUUUGUGUUCAUUCGCCCAUAUAUGUGAUUAUAUGUAAAGUAGUGAGUUCUUUUACGGAUUCCUGAAUCGAAUCAAUGCCAAUUCGUCUGCGAUGGUUUGCGUAGCUAAAAUGUGAGUUUUCUUAUUCAGUCCGUUCUUUGCGUAUGAGUUUUGCAUGGCGUCAUUUGUAGCAAUUGUGCUAUAUGCUCGUUAUGUGUAAGUAUUGGGUACAUUAUGUGUGGAAUGUUAUUGACGACCUAAAAUCAGUCAUGUUCUGAAUCACCCGGUGAUUGUACGGUUUGGUGAAAUAUAAACAUCUGCGGCCAUC